AUGGCGGCUGCCGUGAAUUGCGUCCAGAACAAAUUAUUGUAUUUUGUAUUUAAUAAUUUUAAAAUGUUUGAAAACGAAGAACUUUUAUCUAAUGUUGUUUCAUUUUAUUCUAUUGAUGCCAUCAAUAAUGCCAAACAACAAAUACUUGCGGACUGGGAAGCCGCUAACACGGAAUGUGUCAAAAACUGGUCAGCCAAAGUCACAUCACUUCCAAGUACUCCACAGCCCACACCAUCAAUUAAUGUAGAAAUACUGAAUGAAUUGGCUACUAGUGAUACUGAGAUGCCAUUUAUGACUGUGGAUCGUUCCAAGAAAAGACCACGUUUAAUUGCCGGUGCAAAUAACAAGAAAGUUUUUUUAAGUUUUACCGUUCAUUUUCAAGAAAAAACUGAGGGACAAAAUCAGGAUGAAAAUACAGAACAUGCCAUAGCUUUCAGAGUUUGUAUAAAUAGAGAAGACAUAACCAAAAUGCGCUACCCAGAAAUAUGGCCCUCGCAAGAUGUAGUGCGAGAUUGGGUCUCCAAAGAGAGACAAGCUAAAAAACAGUCUUCAAACAAAUAA